CCCAGAUUCCGCCGAUUCCGACGCAUGAGCAAGUGGGUGAACGUGGACUUUGACAGCGGCGCCGCGGGCUCGUCCGCUUCUGGCGCUCCAUCAGCGUCGUCGAACACUCAAGCAGCGGCAGCAUCGUCGUCCCCGCCUCCUCCUCCAUCCUCUGGUACCUCUGCGCCGCCAACAACGGCUGGAGGGAAUCAUAGGUACGGCGCGACCGAACACAUGCACAUCGACGUGGGCGAGCCUGUCAAGCAGGGGGAAGGCAUGCACGCGUACAUUUCGUACAAGAUCACGACGUCCACGGACCGUCGGCAGUUCCAGAAGAGCCAAUUCUCGGUGAUCCGACGAUUUUCCGACUUUGUGUGGCUGCAUGCAUCGUUGUGCGCGCAGUACCCCGGGGUGGUCGUGCCGCCGUUGCCCGAGAAGUUACUCGUGGGUCGCUUCUCCCCCGAGUUUGUCGAGUCGCGCCGCCGCGCGCUGCAUCUGUUUCUGUGUCGGUGUGGUGCGCACCCCGAGAUUCAGCAUUCCGACCACUUGACGACGUUUUUGGAGGCGUCCGACGAUGCGUUGACGCAUUUCAAAGCCGACAAGGCCAAGGGAAGCAGCAGCACCUCUAGCGGUGGCGGUAGUGGCAACGGACUCUUUCAGUACAUGAGCGACACGGUCGCGUCCAUCUCGAACACACUCACGUCCACGACCUUCCUCGACAAGCUCAAGACCAACGCCGACGUCCAAGUUGAAGACAUCGCGGCCUACAUGGAUGCCCUGGAACCCAUCAUCCAAGGCCUCGCGAAGCACGCACAUGGACUCACUAAGCGCGCGCGCGAAAUUGCCGAUGGUUUGUUCGAGUAUGGCGUCGCCCUGACGUUGCUAGGGCAGUCGGAAGAGAACGAGUCGCUGCAAACGGCGCUGCGGUAUGUCGGCUCGUGUGCCGACGCCUUGUCCGUGUUGGCCGCCGAGCAUGUACUGUCUAUAUAUAUAUCUUUUUUUAUCGAAAUACUUGUUUAUUUGUAUGCUCGACGUAUUGAUUUUACGUUUCAGAGGAAUAUUGUGAUGAUCAGUUUUUCAAUAUAUACUUGUGGACAAAUUCAAAACUUGUCCAAUUUUGGGGUAUGCUGUAUAUAAAACUACUUAGACUUAUUUCACAUACAUACUAUUUAUAUACACUAUUUGAAAUAAGUGUAAAUAGUUGUUUUAUACAAUAUUGUGUUGUUGUUUGUAAAAAUAUAAACUACAUAAAACGUACCCGUUUCAUUGAAUCGCCUUUGUCCCAUCAUUUCACGGUUUGAGGCUAUGUUGUAUUCGUUUUACGAUAUAUAUAUAUAUAUCGUCUUCUGUGACCACAUUGCUUUAUAUCGUUCACAUGAAUAGAUCACACGACACUUUUAUCAAGGCUGCGAUCGAGUCGAUAAUAUUUGUAUUUGUAGGCGGAAAAGGAAGUAUUGCUAUUUGAAGAGCCCAUUGUCGACUACAUUCGGCUCGUGGGCGCCGUAAAAGCCGCCUUGAUCAAGCGAAACGAAGUGCGUCAGGUGUACCACUCGGCCGUGGCAGAUUUGGACACCAAGAAGGCGGCGCUGGCCAAGGCAAUAGCCAAGGGAAGCAGCCACGACAAGGUCCAAAGCGCCGAAAGCGAUGUGUCCAAGGCCCAACACCGUGUAGACGAUGCCAAGCUCGAGCACGACAUUGUCACAGAGCGCGUGGUGCGGGAGGUGGAUCGCUUUAAAUUGGACAAACUGAGCGACUUCAAGCGCAUCGUGCUGGAUUACGUGGAGCUCCAGAUCGACUACAAUACCCGAGUGGAAGCCAGGUGGGCCAGCGUCGUGCCGCAACUGCAAGCCAUUCACAUUGAGAGCGCCAGUCCAGCCCACGCCGACUCUAUCAGUCUAUCUGACCCCCGUGACGUGGCGCUGUAAGCUUGCAUUCGUGCAAGGAGUGUAUAUAUAUAUAUGACGAUAUUUUUAUGUACAGUAGUAGUAGUAGUUCAACUGUGUUGGGUAUGGCAAUACA